AUGUCUUCACCAAUCCAGUUUCAAAGACCAAUCAACCCUAAUUAUCACCACCCCACAAACACAAUCCACCACAAACAAUUCCAAUCCCAGGCAGUCACAGCCGCAGUCGACCUCACGCUCUACCACUCCCACGUGAUGGCUCCCAACCAGUGCUGCUCUGCCGUAGUGCAAUCCAUCGAGGCACCUGUCCAGACCGUCUGGUCCGUCGUGCGGCGCUUCGACAACCCGCAGGCCUACAAGCACUUCCUCAAGAGCUGCCACGUCAUAGACGGAAAGGGUGACGUAGGCACGGUCCGGGAGGUUCACGUGGUGUCGGGGCUUCCCGCGGGGUCCAGCACGGAGCGCCUGGAGAUUCUGGACGACGAGCGGCACGUCAUCAGCUUCAGCGUGGUGGGCGGGGACCAUCGGCUGACGAACUACCGGUCGGUCACCACACUGCACGACUCACCGAACGGAGUGGGGACCGUCGUCGUCGAGUCGUACGUGGUUGACGUGCCGCCCGGGAACACGAAGGAGGAGACGUGCGUGUUUGUGGACACGAUCGUGCGUUGCAACUUGCAGUCGUUGGCUCAGAUCGCUGAGAGUAUGGCCAAUAAGCCAAACACCAAGAAACCCUCAUGAAAUUAUUCACAUUUUCUUCGUCGGUGAUUUGUUUUUUUUUUUUUUUUUUUUUUUUUUUUGUGAGGCUCGAUCUUCGCAGCUGGUUUAAAUGGUCAAAGGGUUGUUUUAUGAUAUCGUGUAUAUUAGUCCAUGUUAUAAAUUGCUUCUUUAAUUUCCUUAUUUAUCAUGUAAUCUCAGAUUGCUCAAUCGAUCUAUACAUAUAACAAUAUAAUGUUCUG